GGGUGUAAGAAAACUGUCGUGAAAGAGAUUUCUGAGUUGGCAAAGGAACGUGAAUUAUUUAAAAAAAUCAUGAAAUUCAAAGCAACGAUCCUCAUUGUGUUAUUUGCGUUGGUCGUAAUCGAAAGUACUAAUGGCGGCUGGAGAAAAGCCUGGCGAAAAGUUAAAGAAACGUCAAAGAAGGCCUGGAAAAAGACUAAGACUUUCGCCAAAAAAGUUGGAGAAAAAGCUAAGAAAGCCCUAAAAUGCACAUUUACCAAGAAAGCAUUGACAGUGGUAGGAGACAUGAAAGCGCUAUAUGAAAAGGAUAUCAACGCGUACAACACGUUAAUGAAGGACUUCAAUAUGGUUCUCGCUUCUAGUUUAAAUGAUGAAAUGGCAAAAAAGGUCGCGGAUGAGUUGAAUGAUCUGUUUAAUUCAGAGCAAGACGAAAUCAAUGAAGACGUGGAAGCUGCUCCGUCUAAGGAUGAAAAGGCACAACUGCUGAUGUCUAUUCGACGCGCUCUUGACAGAAAUUAAAAGGAUGUUCACGAUCACGAUAUCUGCAUAUUAAAUUUUUUUUUACCAUAUAUAUAUA